CGAUCGCUUGCCUUGCUGUUGAGUGAUUCGACUGUGUUUCUGGCCUGGACCAGAAGUGCGCUGCCUCGGGUGUCCUUAGUAGUACGCAUCUUAUGUUUCUGCUUCAUUCGGAGAGAUAGAUCACGCUUUCUCAUUGUGCAUGCCAGGAGAAGAUGAUACAAUCACCGAUCAACGGCAAAUUCUUAGAAAUAAAUACAUUUUCCUAAUGGUAGCAUACACUAAUCUAACGGAGACAUGUGGAAUUGUAUGGGGAUUUCGAAGUGUCUCUCAAUAGUGUGUCUUCUCCUGAUGGUGUGGACUGAGGUGUCCCAAUCUUCGGGCUAUUUUGAGCUGCAGUUGAUUGCUGUACAGAACGCUAACGGUCAGUUGUCGGACGGGGACUGCUGCGACGGAGAAAGGAACGCGCAGGAUCUCAACUGUAGCAGGGAUGAGUGUGAUACGUACUUCAGAGUGUGUCUAAAGGAAUACCAAACGGAGGUCACGACCACAGGCUUGUGCAUCUAUGGAACUGGAUCUACUAACGUUAUCGGUGGGAAUACUUUUCAAUUUAAGAGCACCAAAAACAACCAAAACCGAAACAACGAUGGUGGAAAGAUUGUCAUCCCAUUCCAGUUCGCUUGGCCGCGGGCGUACACUCUGAUUGUGGAAGCGUGGGACUGGGACAAUGGUACACACAGCAGCAGUGGUGAGGAUAUGUUAAUUGAGCGGAGUGUCUGUAAAGGAAUGAUCAACCCUGGAGAUGACAAGCAGACUAUCCAACACAACGGUCCUACAGCCAACUUUGAGUAUAACAUCCGCGUGCGCUGUGAUGAGAACUACUAUGGCAACAAGUGCAACAAGCAGUGCCGGCCACGCAAUGAUGACUAUGGCCACUACGUGUGUGACCAGUUUGGGAACAGAGGCUGUUUGGAGGGCUGGAUGGGACCUUACUGUACAGCUGCUAUCUGCAAGCAGGGCUGUAACCUGCUGCAAGGAUUCUGCAAUGCCCCAGGAGAAUGCACGUGUAAAUACGGUUGGCAGGGUCCGUUCUGUGACGACUGCCUGCCCUACCCAGGCUGUGUCCAUGGGACCUGCAUCAAGCCCUGGCUGUGCAGCUGUGAGAAGAACUGGGGAGGCUUGCUGUGUGACAAAGAUUUGAACUACUGUGGGACGAACAAGCCUUGUAAGAACGGAGGAACGUGUAUGAACUCAGAGCCAGAUGAAUACAACUGUGCCUGUUCUGACAGCUACUCAGGCAAGAACUGUGAGAUAGUGGAACACGCAUGUGUGUCCAACCCCUGUGCCAACGGGGGCACCUGCCAUGAGGUCCCGUCUGGGUUUGAGUGCCACUGUCCUGCAGGGUGGUCAGGGCCCACCUGCGCUAAAGACAUGGACGAGUGUGCGUCUAACCCCUGUGCUCAGGGUGGGACCUGCAUCGACAUGGAAAACGGAUUUGAGUGCCUCUGCCCCCCACAGUGGGCUGGGAAGACCUGCCAGAUAGACGCGAAUGAGUGUAUGGGGAACCCAUGCCUCAAUGCUUACUCUUGCAAAAACUUGAUCGGUGGAUAUCACUGUGCCUGCUUUCGAGGAUGGGCCGGCCAGAACUGUGACAUCAAUGUCAACAGCUGCCAUGGACUGUGUCAGAAUGGAGCGACUUGCAAGGAGUGGCGAAGAGGCUACGUGUGUGCCUGCUCACCGGGGUUUGUGGGCCGGCACUGUGAGGUCCAGAGGAACAGCUGUGCCAGCGGCCCAUGUAGAAACGGGGGCAGGUGCCACACCCUGCUGGACGGCUUCAUGUGUGAGUGCCCACAUGGGUACACUGGCACUACCUGUGAGGUGCAGAGUAACCCGUGCAGCCCUAACCCGUGCCAGAACAAGGCCCAGUGCCACAGUAUGAUGGAAGACUUCUACUGUGCCUGUCCUGAUGACUAUGAGGGCAAGACCUGCUCCGAGCUCAAGGACCACUGCAAGACCAAUCCCUGUGAAGUGAUUGACAGUUGUACUGUCGCUGUGGCCACCAACAACACACAGGAAGGGGUGUGGUACAUCUCGUCCAAUGUGUGCGGCCCCUACGGACGCUGCAUCAGCCAACCUGCUGGGAACUUCACCUGCUCCUGUGAACUGGGCUUCACUGGAACAUACUGUCACGAGAAUGUAAACGACUGUGUGUCGUCUCCCUGUAAGAACGGAGGAACUUGCAUCGACGGGAUCAGCUCUUUCCAGUGCGUUUGCCCUGACGGCUGGGAGGGCACGCUGUGUGUCAUAGAUGUGAAUGAGUGCAAUAGGAACCCCUGUAAGAACGGAGGUCGCUGUGUGGACCUGGUCAAUGACUUCUACUGUCAAUGCCAGGACAACUGGAAGGGCAAGACCUGCCACUCACGUGAGAGCCAGUGUGACUCCAGUACCUGUAGUAAUGGGGGGACGUGCUUUGACCACGGUGACACCUUCCGCUGUACCUGUCUCUCAGGGUGGGGCGGCAGCACCUGUAACACAGGCAAGAACAGCCCUUGUGACUCUAACCCAUGUGAGAACAGAGGAACCUGUGUCGGAGGGGGUGAUGCCUACACCUGCAUCUGCAAGGAUGGCUGGGAGGGGCCCACAUGUACUCAGAAUACUAAUGACUGCAACCCUACCCCCUGCUAUAACAGGGGUGUCUGUGUGGAUGGUGAGAACUGGUUCCGCUGUGAGUGUGCCGCGGGAUUCGCCGGACCAGACUGCCGGAUCAACAUAGAUGAGUGCCAGACGUCUCCCUGUGCCUAUGGUUCUACCUGUGUGGAUGAGAUCAACAGCUUCCGAUGUGUGUGUCCCCUGGGCUGGGCUGGGCCUCGCUGCCAAGAGUUCAUAGGGAUCGGAAAGGCCUGUCGUUACUCCGGCCUGCAGUUCCCUCAUGGCAGUCGAUGGGAGGAGGAGUGUAAUACCUGCCAGUGUGUCAACGGCAGUGUGCGCUGUUCUAAGGUGCUGUGUGGCCGACGGCCCUGUCUGCUCCAUAGAGUUGCUUCUGGUCCAGACAGCAUUGCCCCCUGUCCUAGAGGACAGGAGUGUGUAGAGCACAAAUUCCUCACCUGCUUCGCCCCGCCAUGCCACCAGUGGGGCGUGUGUUCUACCCCUGACCCCCCACCGCCCCUCCACACUCAGUGUGAACCCAACUGUGGUUAUUUGGACAAAAGCUGUGCCCGCAUCACACUCAUCUUCAAUAGAGACAAAGUUCCACAGGGUACCAUUGUGGAGAACAUCUGUUUGGAGCUGAGGUACCUUCCCAUCACCCAGACCCUGGCUAAGGAACGUACGCUCCUCAUUCUCUGUGACCUGUCCUACUCCAACAGUGAUGCUGUGGAGGUUGUCAUGUCUUAUGAUCAGGAUGGUCAGGAGCGGGAUGGAAAUCGUGAUCAGAUUCAGGAGGCUUCCAGUGCCAUCAUCGGUGCCCUGUCCAAACGACACAACAGCACCGUCAUGCUGGCCGUGGUGGAGGUCAAAGUGGAGACGCAGGUCAUGCCCCAGUCUGUGGACCACCUGGUGCCAGUGCUGUGCGUGGUGUUCAGUGUGCUGUGGAUCUUCUGCAUUGUGCUGUGUGUGUGGUGGAGCCGUAAGAGGAAAAAAGAGCGUGAGAGAGAGUCUACAGUGGAGGACAGCACUGUCAAUAACCUUCUGGAGCCGUUGAGGGUCAUCUUGCCACAGCACAAAGACAACCUAGACAAAGACAUUCAGUACGAAUGCAAGAAACUCAUGAGCCCUCCAGACCGGACGUGUGACGGGGCUGAGGAAGAGGACGAGCUGAGGGGAGGGAUGGAGCUAGACAAGUGCUCCACACAAAAGUGCUCAUUGGCAGGAGUGCAGGACAGAGUGAUGGGCAAAGAGGGGGUGAUCUGUACGAUGCGUAGCGCCCCUGUUAAAACCCCCCACCGGACAGUGUACAGUCCCAAAGACAACCGGUGUAAAAACCUCAGCGCUGCCAACUUCAGUGAGGAUGUCAAAGAUCAUUAUGUAUGAGCACGGCUAGAGGUGGGACUUCUCAAACUAAAGAUGAUGUCUCUAUCUAAUAGAAAAAGACAAGCACCAAUAGUAAAGAUUUAAGACAUGUUUUACAUUUCAUUUGAAUUUAUUCUCUGUCUGCAACAUAGAGCCUUCUUACUUAAAUCUUUGCAAAUUAACAUUUCAGUAACAAAAAGAGAGCUUAAUUUUUUCCUUUCUUUUUUUAGUUUACAAAUUGUUGCUCCCUUUAAAAGGAGAGCCCUUUUUUUCACAUCGUAUCACUGAGAAGAUUGUGUAUCAUGUGACUUUGGCGAGAGCACUGCCCUUGGAGGCAGGCAUUGCACUACUACAUUACUACUAGUGCAUUUAGUCCAUAUCUGUCUUAACCCACACUGUGGGCAUUUACUUUGUUCUCUUGGUAUAAUGUCAUUUCUAUAAGUAAAAUUAUGUAAAAGGUUAUAUAUACCCACACACACACUACCGGUCAAAAGUUUUAGAACAUCUACUCAUUCAAGGGUUUUUCUUUGUUUUUACUAUUUUCUACAUUGUACAAUAAUAGUGAUGACAUCAAAACUAUGAAAUAACACAUAUGGAAUCAUGUAGUAACCCAAAAAGUGUUAAACAAAUCAAAAUAUAUUUUAUAUUUGAGAUUCUUCAAAUAGCCACCCUUUGCCUUGAUGACAGCUUUGCACACACUUGACAUUCUCUCAUCCAGCUUCAUGAGGUAGUCACCUGGAAUGCAUUUCAAUUAACAGGUGUGCCUUCUUAAAAGUAAAUGUUAUGGAAUUGAAUGCGUUUGAGCCAAUCAGUUGUGUUGUGACAAGGUAGGGGGGGUAUACAUAAGAUAGCCCUAUGGCAAGAACAGCUCAAAUAAGCAAAGAGAAACGACAGUCCAUCAUUACUUUAAGACAUGGUCAGUCAACACGGAACAUUUCAAGAACUUUGAACGUUUCUUCAAGUGCAUUCGCAAAAACUAUCAAGCGCUAUGAUGAAACUGGCUCUCAUGAGGACCGCCACAGGAAUGGAAGACCCAGAGUUACCUCUGCUGCAGAGGAUAAGUUCAUUAGAGUUACCAGCCUCAGGAAUUGCAGCCCAAACAAAUGCUUCACAGAGUUCAAGUAACAGACACAUCAACAUCAACAGUUCAGAGGAGACUGAAUCAGGCCUUCAUGGUUUAAUUUCUGCAAAUAAACAACUACUAAAUGACACCGAUAAGAAGAAGAGACUUGCUUGGGCCAAGAAACACGAGCAAUAGACAUUAGACCGGUGAAAAUUUGGAGACUUUUGGUUCCAAUCGCCUUGUCUAUGUGAGACGCGAUGUGGGUGAACGGAUGAUCUCCGCAUGUGUAUUUCCCACCAUAAAGCAUGGAGGAGGAGGUGUCAUGGUGUGGGGGUGCUUUGCUUGACACUGUCUGUGAAUUCAAGGCACACUUUACCAGCAUAGCAUAAAAUUAAGAUGGUUUGUGAUGAGUCGGACCGCAGACUGAAGGCAAAGCAGCCAACAAGUGCUCAGCAUAUGUGGGAACUACUUCAAGACUGUUGGAAAAGCCUUCCAGGUGAAGCUGGUUGAGAGAAUGCUAAGAGUUUGCAACGCUGUCAUCAGGGCAAAGGGUGGCUAUUUGAAGAAUCUCAAAUAUAUUUUGUUUUUUUGAACACUUCUUUGGUUACUACAUGAUUCCAUAUGUGUUUCAUAUUUUGAUGUCUUCACUAUUAUUCUACAAUGUAAAAAUAACAAAAAGCUCUUGAAUGAGUAGGUGUUGUAAAACUUUUGACUGGUAGUGCAUAUAUAUAUAUAUAUAUAUAUAUAUAUAUAUAUAUAUAUAUAUAUAAAUAAAUACUUUGGAAAGCUAUAAGCAGUAUAACACCUGACAUCAGCAUUAGUUUAGAAACAGAAACAUAUUUUCCAUGACAUGUCAAUGCUUCUAAAGACCUUAUGUAUAUCCCUAUAACAUGCCUUUUGCUCUACCACUUCCUGCAGGCCUAUGCUUUAUUAUUUCACUAUUUGCUUUGGUAGAAAGUUCCUUCAGCCCUUUUAUUAUUUCACUAUUUGCUUUGGUAGAAAGUUCCUUCAGCCCUUCUUUUAUUAUUUCACUAUUUGCUUUGGUAGAAAGUUCCUUCAGCCCUUCUUUUAUUAUUUCAUCUCAUUCAACGAAUUGAUCCAGAACUUAACAAUUCAUAUAAAGGGAAAAUAUGUAAUUUCACAACUCUUCAUAUUACCAUAAGUGUUUCUUUGAACAAUGUAUAUAUGUAAAUAAACAUGUCUGUGUAUAAUUGAA